AUAAUUAAUUCAUCGUAAUUAUGAAAUGAAUGUAUGAUCGACCUAAUUCUUUAUCGAGAACAGCCUAAACUUUCCUCAAAAUGAUUUAUGCUUAUAAGAAUCAAACCGGAGUCAAAAAUGGCUCUAAACACAGUAAAAUGAAGUUUUAUAUCAAAUAUUUUGCAGCCUGCUUUUUCUGCGCAGCUUGUAUUAUAUUUGCAAGUUUCAGCCUUUGUUGUCCAUUAGAAGAUCUAAAUGUAAAUGAUUAUUUAUAUUUUGAAACACAGCUGGAGCGUCCAAUGUCAAAUGUUGAAGAAAUGAGAAGUAGAUUAACUGGAGAAUAUGAUAAAGAAUGUCCACAUUUUUAUCAGUAUUCCAAAUUCUUAAACCUAAUUAAUCACCAGAAAACAGUAGAUGACAUCAUCAAUUCAAGUCAUGAAAAAGUAGUUAUACUGCUUGCUGAUGAUAUGAAAGACGCAAUAACUUUAGCACAAUUUUUGAGUCAAAACAAUAGGCUACUACAUCUAAAAAAUCGAGAACAUCUGGAUAAUAGUGAAAAAUCUGUAUAUGAUUUGAUUCUCAAAAAUUAUCAUUUAUAUAAAAAUGUAAAUACAUCUACAGUAUUUUUUGCCUAUCCCAGAAACACGGACGAUGAAGUUUUCGCAAGAUAUGUUGCACAAAAAGUGAUGGAAAAUUCGAAAAAAGUGAAAGUAGUUCUGACUUUGAGGAAUCCGCCUCCUAAUCCUGAUAAUGAUAAAUUUCUCUGGGAAAAAGAACUCCGGGUUAACGGAAUAUUUAAAGUCUUCAGAAACGUUGGAAAAUACAAGAAUACCACAGGUUUUGUUGUAAUUGACGGAAAAUUUACUGGAAAUUUUGAGGAUGGUGAAGAUGAUUUAAAGAUUGAUCAAAAGGAAGAACUCGAUUACGUGAAAUUAAUUGACUGUUAUAUCAAAUCAACAAAUACAACUGACAGUGAAAAAUUACUAGCAAUAUAUGUGAAUGACGGUACAGUUAAAGUUGUUUACAGUAGUGGAUUUACGAGAAAAAAUUACAUAAAAUUGCUCACACAUAUUAAUGAUGUCAUGAGCUAUGCAGAUGGGUCAAACUUUACUCAUCGGUCGUUGUCAAACAGGAAUUUUUCUAUUAGUAAUGACGAAUUCGAAAAGUGUAUCACAAUUUUUAGAAAUAAGAUCAUAAGAUUUUACGGUGAAAACCAAACGACAGGGUGA